AUUAUGGUUAUAGACAUCAACUAUAAUUUUCUCUAUUUUCAACCCCUAAAGUUUUCAUUAGAACCUUAUAGACUAGAUAGAAGAACUCCAUUAGAGGUUUAGCAAUUAGCAGCCAUGGAGAUUCAGCAAUUUCCACCAUUUACUAUCACACCUCGCCAUUUUCACCCAAUUCCAAACUCUACCCACCACCCAGUUCUUGUUUCCCCAUUGAAACAGCAAAGAAAUUUGCUAAAACUAAGCCCUCUUUUUUGUUCUUCUCCUCAUAGCCAUCCUGUUGUGCAAGACCCAAUUUUGCAACAAGGGAAUGGUUCUUUGGGGAAAAGUAGAGAUACCCAUUACAAGAAUUCAAGAAAAAAGAGGGUUUUUUUCUUGGAUGUUAAUCCUAUUUGUUACAAAGGAAGUAUUCCUUCUUUGCAAUCUUUUGCUCAUUGGAUUUCCAUUUUCUUCUCUCAAGUUAGCCUCACUGAUCCUGUUAUUGCUGUUAUUGAUGGAGAAAGAGGUAAUGAGUAUAGAAGACAGUUGUUACCUUCCUAUAAAGCAAGUAGGAGGAAAUACUGGCAUCAGUUACAAGGUGCAGUAAAAUCUCCACGGAGUACGAUUGAAAGGUCACAUAGGCUCAUCUUGGAUGUUCUUCAGAGCUGCAAUGUUCCUGUAGUUAAGAUUGAAUCACAUGAAGCAGAUGAUGUUAUAGCCACACUUGUAGAACAGGUUCUGCAAAGGGGGCACCGAGUUGUGGUUGCCUCUCCUGACAAAGACUUCAAACAGCUGAUAUCUGAUGAUGUUCAAAUUGUCAUGCCAGUACCAGAGUUCAAUAGAUGGUCCUUUUACACCUUAAAACACUAUGUGGCACAGUACAAUUGUGAUCCCAGAUCUGAUUUGAGCCUGAGGUGCAUACUGGGCGAUGAGGUUGAUGGUGUUCCUGGAAUCCAGCAUGUUGUUCCUGGUUUUGGUCGAAAGACUGCUUUGAAGCUUUUGAAAAAGCACGGCACACUGGAGAAUUUACUUAAUGCUGCUUCAGUAAGAUCAGUGGGGAGACAGUAUGCACAAGAUGCCCUUAUCAACAAAAGAGUUAUUCAGCAUCCAAGCCCCUUUCAUAGCUUCCUACUUCUAACUAUUGUAAAUGGAAUGACACUAAAAGGGAUGUCAGUAUCCAUAUUGAGGAGCAAUGGCUCAAUGAGAGGGAUGCGCGUAAUGACUCACUUGUUUUAUCCAACUUCGUCACUUCGCUGGAAGACAGUAGGAAUCUUAAUUUGGAAAAGAGAUCGCAUUUCAUUGGUUGAAAUUGCCAGAAGAAAGCAUUUUUGUGAGUUUCUUCUUUACUUCUUUAUUUGUUCCAUUUUUAUUCUUCAGCUUUGACGGAGUGGCAUAUAAAGUAUCUUCUGGAUAGCAAAGACGGUAAAAUGUCAAAAGGUGUAGCGAAAGGUCUUUUAGCUUGUCUACAUUUUACGGUGAACAUAUAUCUAGCCUAUCUUACCAAAAGAAGACAUUACCUCUAGCCCAUAUUUCAAUAUAUCACACAUCAAUCCAGAGUUGAUUUUGCUUUGGGUUGAAAUGAUAAUAUGAGCAACAAAAGAUUCUGUUCACCUUUUUUUUUGAAGUGGCUAGUGUUUUUGAUGUUAAAAUCAGAGCACUAAGGAGGUGCUGUAGCUACAUACAAAAAGAUUACAAGUGAAUAUUAAAAAAGUUCACAGGAUGUCUCGAGCAUCAUUCUAAUCUAACACCAACAAGCUAUCAACAUAAUACAAUCUUGUUUCCAGCUAGUGCGUAAGUUAUAAUGUAAGCUCUACAACCUGAAGAACAAAGAUCUUGAUGCUUCAGCAGAAGUAUCAAACUAAACCAAUAGACAAUUACCGAACUUUGCCAGAAGAUUUGACCAGAUGAACCGGACUGAAUCGAAAUAUCCAAAUUCACAAUAGAAGCAUACAGUCGAAAACUUGGCUAUUAUUCCUCUUGGACGAAUCACUGAGGAAGAGACUUCUGAGGUCUAAAAUGUACAGUAAGUUUGAGUUUCUUUUAGUAGUGCCUCUAGAAUAGAUUCGUGGUACUAUUGUAUGCUCCAAAAACAACACGUGAGGUCGUCUGAAACUAAUGGGGGCCUGUGUUGAGGUAUCUUCAGUGCUCAUCUGUUGUGAUUUAAGAACAUGGCAAAGACCCAACUUGUAUCCAUAUUUUAAUUCAAUAUAAAUCCUAUUUGGACUCUCAGUUCAAUUCCAUUCCCCCCUGUUUUCACCUAAUCUCAGUCGAAUAUACGAAGACCACUGUAAACUAUUUAACUUUUUAAUUACCUUUCUCCU